AUGGAUUGUGCAUCGGCGGCCAUUGCCAAGGCAACGGUUGAGGUGCAUGGUUUACAAGAAGCCGCAGAACAGAUGUGGCACCGUGCCAAAGCCAUUCGCACGGUGACGGGCGCCACCAUUGGAUGGACGAGCCUCUUAGAGACGCCGACUGUCUGGGUUUGGGGCUUGGCAUUCGGCUUGGUGUCUUUUUGGUCCGGCUCGGUGGCAGCUGAGGCAGCAAGCUCUGUCAUUCUGGAUGAAGUCCAGAAAGCAGCACAGUUCACGGCGGCUUAUCCAUAUCUCAAGACCGGAGGUGUUUGGCAGGACAUUUUUCUGUACCGAGGCCACGACUGGAACUCCACGCUUUGUGACGCAAUGCCCAGAACUUGUCGUUUGCUGUUGCCUGAGCUGCCUACGAAGCCCGGGGUCCCCUAUGCCACGGUUUACAAUGAAGAGGUCGUGAUCUUCCGCUCGGAGCCUGGGGCCACUGUUGGUGCUCAUUGCGGCUCGUCCAAUGCCAUCAUCAACCUGCACCUGACACUCAAAGGAGGACGUGGAACAUCGAUUGCUGUGGGUGAUGAGCGAAUCUUCUUGGAGGAUGGCAAGGCGGUUUGCUUCCAAGACAGCUUUUUUCAUGCUGUGCAGCAUGAAGUGUUUGGAGAGGACGAGCGAAUUUCCAUGGUUCUGCGGGUCAUGCAUCCGCAGAUGAGUCUGGAUGUCCUGGAGAAGAUUCAGAGCACAGUUCCAGAUUUGCGGGCCUUCAGCAGCUCGGAGAGCCUCUUGCAGGAGGUUUAUCGACUGCGCCAGGCUGGUGGCGGUUUGGUGAAGCCCAACCAGCAGUUUUCUCGUGUUUGCCAAACAGGUUUGCACAGCGAAGUGCCAACAGGUUUGCACAUUGCAGAUGGAAGUACGUAA